CUCUACGACGUCAGAUAAUGCUUCAUUCGGUAUUCGAAUGACUUCAUCUUUUAGACACCUCUUGUUAUAGAAGUUUAUGCGGCCCAAAGUACCCCCUCCUUGAGCAAAGAUGCUGCGAGCUCGGAAAAUCGACAAUUUGCCAGAGCCAUCUGACAAACCCAAGAUUAAAGUCAUUGUCUUUGGAUGCAGCAAAACCGGAACACUUGGAUUAUAUCGAGCCUUCAAAAUCCUCGGUUAUAAGCCUUAUCACGCUGCAGAAUUCAUGCUAAACAAAGGCCACAGCCAUAAAAUCUUCUUUCAAGAGGCACUACUAGCGGAAAAUAACAGACUUUCUGGCGUCAGGCCGUAUGGACGAGCAGAAUUCGACAAAUGGUUUCAGGAAUAUGAUUCGAUCAUCGAGGUGCCCUGUUAUAUGCCUGUGCAAAUCCAGAGCGCAUAUCUGAGUGACCCGAAUGUGAAGUUUCUUCUAACGGAGCGAGAUCCGGACAAAUGGGUCAGGUCAUUUAACAAACAAGUGGGCGGCAUGAAUGACUAUCUUGCAUCUAUCCCUAUGACUAUCCUGAGAUAUUUCGAUGAAGGUCUAUGGCACCACUGGCGAUUCAACGGCCUAGUAUACGAUUUAUUUAGCGGGACGACCAAACGAGGCCAUCCUGACAAUGAGAAGAUACUACGUCAGAAUUAUGUCGACUACAACAACUUGGUCAAAGCAUUAAUACCAAAGGAAAGACUACGAAUUAUCAAGUUAGAAGAGGGAUUGGGAUGGGAUGAACUUUGUGACUUUCUUGAAGUUUCGAAGCCUGACGUACCAUACCCGAAUUUUGCUGACCACUUGGAGAUCAGAGAUGCCCUGGUUGGAGAGAUGAUAAGAAGGGCUUUGAUCAAAUUCACAUUAAUAACUGCAUCAAUUAUUGGCGUCGGGAUGAUAUUUGCUUGGAAGAAGUGGAAGUAGUAAGUGGUUAAUGGUCAUCAAUAAACGCAUCAUCAUGAUGGACAUGGUUUCAUAUCUUCAUAUAGUGUUCCCUUGCAAAAAAUACCG